AUGAGGUCAGGGGACGAAGCGAGCCAGAUCGUUGGAAAAGAAGAAGACGACGUCGACGACCGCGUCAAGGGCUGCUGCAGCGUGCGCGAGAGCGAGCGAGGCUGUAGCGCGCAGACGAGUGUAAUCCGACCCAAGGCAGAAGUGAGAUCAAAGCAGGAUCGCCGGGAUGCGAGCGGGAGAGUCGAGCGAGUCGAGCCAGGGUCUAAUGCAGAGUGCAGAUGCGGAUUAUGA